AUGAGCAGUCUGUCGGGGCCUCAUGCCACUUUCAGCACGGAAACAAAGGUGUCAUUCUUUCAAUAUAUACGCGACAGUCCAAAUAAUCGCCGUGUAUCUCAGGAAGAGAGAGAUAAUAUAAUCCAGUGGUUAACCAAUCCCCACAAGCGGCCGUCAUCACAAAGCGAAUUCAGUCGACGGAAUUAUGUUAGGAAGACGUUCAUUUGGGGGGACGGCUCACAGCAUCUGCUCGCAGCGCCAAAGACGAAUGGGGCACAGAAACGUAUAGUGGUUACCGAGGAUAAGAUUGCGGAUGUGGUAGAACAUGUUCACGAAAAUAACGGUCACGCCGGCUGGGAUUACACUUGGAGAGAUGUCAGCAUAUCAUACUAUGGAAUCUUGAGGUCGGAUGUCAUAAACCUCCUGAAGCAAUGUCAAAUUUGUGCCCAUAACCCUUCAAAGCGACCCAAGGAGUCCAUUACUGCAACCCCGGAUACCCGAUCGGCUGAUAGCGAGUUCAUUGACUUCUUAGAUCAGAGCGAACCGCCGUUCGACGCCUCUGCAUGA